UGAUGACAGUUUUGUUAUGGUAUUAUGAAUCGACAAAAUUUACGUGAGUUCUAUGAGAGCAUAAAUAAAGAAUUAGAGUGGUUUAUACUUUCGGAUUACAAUCAGCAUGCUUUCCAAAUUGAGCAAAACUGUCAGGGGAGUUUUAAGGGGGAAAUCGUGGGCUUUAGGAGGUGUCAGAGGGUUCAGGGAACUCUCGUUGCCGCUCAGGAGAUGUCCACGAUGGGUUUGCGUGGAGGAUGCUGUGAAAAUAGUGAAUUCAGAACACCUGGUGUUCAUUCAAAGUGGAGCAGCCACUCCCUUGGAGUUGGUUCGAGCCCUCACAGAGCACGGGGUGUGCAAUAAUCUCAGAGGAGUUCGACUCCUUCACAUGGCGCUCGAAGGCGACGCUCCAUUCGGCAAUCCUGAAUUUGAGAAACACUUCAGAUCCAUCAGUUUCUACAUCGGCUCCAACGUGAGAGACGCUGUGAAUGAUGGCAGAGCUGAUUACAUUCCAGUUUUCAAUCAUGAAAUUCCCAAGUUGUUCUACGAAGGAAUUAUUUCACCUGACAUUGCAUUUAUUCACGUCAGCCCCCCGGAUCUCCGAGGAUUCUGCUCCAUGGGGACAAGUGUGGACUGCACAAGGGCCGCCCUGUGUACAGCAAAAAUCAUCGUUGCCCAAGUGAAUGAUCACAUGCCGAGAUCCUUCGGCGAGGCCGUGAUCCACUCUAGCCACCUAGACUACGCUGUUAAAUUCGAUUGUCCUCUACCAUGUAUUAGUGGAACUCCUCCAAACGAAUUGGAAAUGGAAAUCGGGAAGAUUGUGGCCCAGAGGCUCGUCGAGGACGGUGCAACAGUUCAAUUAGGCCUCGGCAACAUCCCCGACGCGAUUCUCUGUGCUAUGAGUAAUCACAAGGACAUCGGUGUACACACGGAACUCCUGAACGAAGGCAUGGUGGAUCUCGUGCAGAAAGGGGUGAUCACCAACAAGUUUAAGAACAAACACCGCGGGAAGUCCGUCGCUUCUUUAGGAAUCGGAACGAAAAAACUUUACGAUUACAUUCAUAAUAAUCCUGCUCUUGAAAUGUUGGGAAUAGACUACACCAACAAUCCUAAAAUAAUCUCGGAGCAACCAAAAAUGACAGCAAUCAACUCCUGCAUAGAAAUGGAUAUAACUGGACAGAUCUGUUCUGACAGUUUGGGAUACAAAAUGUACUGUGGAGUGGGCGGACAAUUGGAUUUCCUCCGAGGAUCUUCCGUAGGUGCUGAUGGCAGAGGAAAAUCCAUCGUUGCAUUCCCAUCGGUUACGAGCUGUGGGGACAGCAAAAUUCAGCCUGCACUUAAAUGUGGAGGUGGAGUGACGUCUACUAGAGCUCAUGCACAUUACGUAGUGACGGAACAUGGUGUUGCCCAAUUAUUUGGCAAGACCCUGAGGCAAAGGGCUUGUGCACUCAUCCAGAUUGCUCAUCCGGAUCACAGGGAGUGCCUAGAGAGAGCUGCAUAUGAUAGACUCAAGUGCAUGCCCACGAAAUAUCUUUAGAAAAUAUUAUACGGCUAGUCAUUGAAGAACAGAGCUCGAGAUUUUUACUUUGAAAAAAUAUUCCUGAAUUUAUUGCUGAAGUAUUGUUCUGUCUCCAAAGAUGUGAGUAUUAAAACAAAAAAAAAUUGUUCAUUGAUCUAUUCCAAUAAAUCAAUAAUAAUAAUACAUAUAUAUAUGUUGUCAAUAUACAGCGCGCAUGAUUGCUUAGUGCUGUCAUAACACACAUGAAACAGGCAAUAAGAAGUGGCGAACAUAUUUAUUACUACUCGGACAAAAUAAAUUAUUCAUCUCAUUGACGUACAAUCACAAAAAAAUUAAAAUACACUGUACUCAUUUCUCUUCACGAAAUUAACUUAAAUUAACGAUUAAAAUACACUGAACAUUGCAAAAUUAA